UCGCACAGCGCCUGCCUUGGACAAAACCCAUCUCAGGUGACAAAGUUCCACAAACAUCACGUCACUUCCUUCCUAAAGAACACGGACACCCCCCAAAAAUCAAAAAGAGACGCUCUGUAGGCGACAUAGCCCAUUUAUCUUACCCGUAAUGAACAGGUAGUGUGGUGUUGUGGAUUAGGAGUGUUUGCGCGGCGUCUGACAGUGUUGAGCUCUCACAAUGAUCCCGCACGAGCGCUCAGUCUGACGAAACUAACCGGGAACAGGCGAAUUUGAAACUUUUUUUUCCUCUUUCUUCCUGUCCGAUCGUGUCUGUUCCAGCUUCUCUUUGUACAACAGAUUUAGAGUUAGAUUCCUCCAAAAACACGCGCAAUUGACGGCAACUUUGGUGUCAUUUUACGCGUUAACCGGGACUUUGGAUAAGAGCGCGCGGGAUCUCGCCGGUAUGUUUUUACGCGACUUUAAACGUUCCUCUUCGGUUCCAUCCGUGGUCAUGGGAUUUCAGCUGGAUCUUUAGCUCUGUGGGAAAGACAUGAGCUCUGGAUAUGGGUCUGUGUCUGGGCUCAGAGGUGACAGAGGAGGGAAAGAAGGCGAAGAUCCACAGCUCGCAGAUAGACCGAGAUCUGUACGAGUACGCCAAGAGAGAGAUGAACGUGGUGAAGAUCCUCAUGCUGGGUGCUGCAGAAAGUGGGAAAAGUACGCUGGUCAAACAGAUGAAGAUUAUCCACAGUCAUGGAUUCACCAAACAAGAACUUUUAAGUUUUAAGCCCGCAGUGUUGGAUAACCUCCUGACCUCUAUGAAGUUUGUCCUCCAUGGAAUGGGCGUCCUUCGAAUCAACCUCGCCAACAGCAAGAACAAGGUCCAUGCUCACUCCGUUCUCUCGUGUGGCCGUUGUUUUGACGAAGACCAGAUGCUGUUCCCGUUCAUAGGCCACGCCCUCUGCUGUUUGUGGGCGGAUCAGGGGGUGCGGUCGGCAGCAGUGCGUGGAUACGAGUAUGAACUCAAUGACUCGGCACUAUAUUUUUUUGAGAACAUGGGCAGGAUCAUCGCUACCGACUACAUGCCGACAGAAACGGACGUUCUCAGAGUCCGACUGAGAACCACAGGAGUGAUCGAGACUCAGUUCAAAGUCAAACACCUGGUCUUCAGAAUGUAUGACGUUGGAGGCCAGAGGACGGAGAGGAGAAAGUGGAUCAGUUGUUUUGAGGAUGUGAGGGCCGUGCUGUUCGUUGUGUCUCUGAGUGGAUACGACAUGACGCUAGUGGAAGAUCCAUCUAUGAAUCGACUGCAGGAGAGUCUCAAGCUGUUCUCAUCAAUCUGCAAUAACGUCUUCUUCAGAAGUACUUCUAUGAUAUUAUUCAUGAACAAGAUUGAUCUUUUCCAAGAGAAGAUUCUCCACUCCGGGCGUCAUCUGCGGCAUUACCUUCCCCAGUUCAGAGGUGCCGACUGUGAUGUGGACGGUGCCGCCCGGUUCAUCGCCGCCAUGUUUGUGUCUCUCAACGCCACGCCCAGCAAGCUCAUCUACCAUCACUUCACCACAGCCACCGACACCUCCAACGUGCAGGUAGUUUUCCAGGUCGUCAUGGACACCAUCAUCAAGGAGAACCUGGAGGCUGUGUCUCUGCUCUGAGUCCAGAACGAUUCUCCUUUAAAAGCUGAAUAAAGACUCAUGGAUGAUGCUGAUGCUAUUUAUUAUAUAUGAUGCUCUGAUAUUAAUCAGAAUGGAGCGACUGCACACUUUUCAUGUAGCAAUAACCGAAUUUAUGCUUCUCUUACUUAAACACCAACUGACAGAAUGACAAAAUAUUUAAUAACUGUCCUGUAUAAUAAUCUCAAUCAGAUGUUACGCUGUGAAAGUGUAUAAUAUGGUUUUUUUAAUAUGGACAGUAAAUUGUACUGUCCUGGGAGGUCAAGUUGCUCAUUCAUGCAUCCUAUAAUUUUCCAUCUGACAUCGCUUCCUGUGUGUACGUUACCAUGGUUAAUAAUGACUUAUAAAAUAACCUUUUCUCCUUGUGUAAAUCUUUGUUCAACAUGGUCUGUUCAGAGCUCGAACACCCUGUCAGUUCAUUUUUUUUUAUUUUUUUUUUGCAUUAUGAAUCAUGUUUUGCUUUUGACUCAUUGGUGAUGCAAGGCGUUGCACUUUUAUAGUUCCAUAAUUCAAUCUGAAAUGGUUUUGUUGCACCAAAGUGAGCCACACAUCUAUAUGAAGCAUAAUCAUACCUGUAGCAAUUGCAUAUGGUUUUGUAAAUACAUUUGAAAUCAUGUUACUUUACCAUUUUUCCCAUUUAUUCAUUGAUAUUCCAUUGAUGGAUGUAUUUUUGCUAUUUAAAUGCCGUAUUUCGCUUUUCAAAAGCAUUUGAGUUACACUUUUGUAAAUGCAAACAAGCCACUGUGAAUAUAAACGUAAUUAAAAACUAACAUAUAUGUAUUUGA